AUGGGCAACAAUAUUUAAAAGGAAAAAGAUAAUCACAGUGCUAGUGCUACUAAGCAUUAUACAAGAAGCAAUGUAAACUAUUUAAUAGAAUCAUUUUUAGGAGCUUAAAAUUGCUUACAGAACUGAAGAAGCAAUUUUAGAAAUAAACAAGGCUUUGAAUCUUAAUCCUAAAUAUGCAGAAGCCUACACUUUAAGAAGUUCAUUGUUUUAAUUAUCAAUUUAGGUGAAUUAUAUUACAAAAUGGAAUUGUAUGAUAAGGCUUUGUAAGAUGUUAAUUUUAGCUUGUCUAUAAACAACAAUAAUGCAGAAAGUUAUUAUUAAAGAGGUAUAAAUUAAAUCUUAUAAUUUAAGCAACUAUUUAUUGGAGAUAAAAAUAAUUGAAUCUAGCUUUAAACGAUUGUUGGAAGUGUGUUUAGAUUAAUAAAAACUUUGCUAUGGGGUAUUGUAGAUUAGGUAACAAAAUAACAAUAAAUAUUUAGGCACGAUUAUGUGGGAUUUGAAAGAAAUAGAUAAGGAACUCGAAUAUUACAAUUAGGCUAUAUAGAAAGAUAGUAAUUGUUAUAAUGCAUUUAUAUGUCGAGGUAAAAUAAAAUUAUUUUUAAGGGUGCUUUUAUAUGGAUGGACAAAAAGCUGACUUGGCAUUAAGAGAUUUCAAUCAAGCAAUUUAAAUCAAUCCACAAUAUAGUUUAGCCUUUUAUAAUAGAGGUGAUUAAACAUAUUAUAGAGAAGGCUAUUUCUAUUAUAAAAUUGGUGAGCAAGACAAGGCAUUAAAUGACUAUACUAAAGCAAUCCAACUGGAUCCAAAUAAUGUGAUAACCUAUCGUAAUAGAGGUGAUUACUGUUAUAUUCAAUAUAUAAGGCUUUUUAUAUUCCAUUAUCGGUGACAAAGAAAAGGCAUUAAAUGACUAUAACAAAGCAAUCCAACUAGAUCCAAAUUUUGCAAUAAUCUUUAAUAAUAGAGGUGAAUACUAUUACACUCAAUAUAUAAGGACAUUUAUAUUACAAUAUCGGUGAGAAAGAAAAGGCAUUAAACGACUAUAAU